AUGUUCAGAGCCUCUCGAGGAUCGACUCUCCUCUCGCCGUCCAUCCGCGCCGCUGUCGCGGCCGUCGCCGCCGCCGGAGCUUCUCCUCGGGCGAUACCGCUCCUGUCACCGCUCGUUGCCCCCGUUCCCGUCUCCUUGCCGGAGUAUCAAGCCGCCUCCGGCCACUGGCGGCGCUUCUCCUCCCUCAACGAGUUGUCCUCUCCGGCGAUCGCGCCAGCGGAGCAUGAUGAGCUUCUGCCGGCGGGAUCCGGUCCGCCCAGCCAGGAAUCGGUGCUCUACGUCCUCAAAAGGCUCGGGAAAGCACCUCGGAAGGCGAUCGACUUCCUGGACUGCGCCAGGGAGAGGUAUGGAUUCAAACCCUCGGGCACUGUUUACAAUCUGAUGCUGAGAAUAUUGGGAGGGAGCAAGGAGUGGGCCAAGGACUUCUGGAUCAUUGCUCAGAGGAUGCGCGAGGAGGGCCACAACGUCGAUCGGGGCACCUACCUUACCCUUCUUCUCUCGUUCAAGAAGCAGGGCAUGCCUGGAGAUGCUUCCGCUCUGGUUGAGUUCCAGUCCAGUGCCUCCGAAGAAGCCAUGGCAGACGAAGGUAUCCGCACGACUGUGGAUCUUCUCAUCGCCGCAGAAGAGUGGACUGAGGCCCUGGAGGGAGAAAUGGAUGGCGUGAAGCUCGUGUUGUCGGAGACAAAUGUGGCGAAGGUGUUGAGGGAGGUGAGAGAGCACCCGCUGAAGGCUCUAGGGUUCUUCCGCUGGGCGGCGAGGCGGCCAGACUACAAGCAUGGUUCAACAGAGUACAAUGCCAUGGCGAGGGUUCUCGGAAGGGAGGGCGCCAUUGAGGAGUUCUGGGAUCUUGCAGGGGAGAUGAAGAGAGAAGGGCACGACAUGGACAUCGACACCUACGUCAAGCUCUCGCGGCGCUUUCAGAAGGGUAAGAUGCUGAAGGAAGCCGUCCAGCUCUAUGAAUACAUGAUGGAUGGACCUUACAAGCCGUCCCCCCAGGACUGCGGGUUGCUGCUUAGGCAGAUCUCGCUGGCCGAUGAGCCAGACCUUGAGUUAGUCUUCAGAGUCGUGAAGAGGUACGAGGCUCAUGGCCAUUCUCUGUCGAAAGCCGUGUACGACGGGAUUCACAGAUCGCUGACUAGUGUUGGGAGGUUUCAGGAAGCAGAGCAGAUCAUGGAGAAGAUGAAGGGCGCUGGUUUUGAGCCCGACAACAUCACAUACAGCCAGCUGGUCUAUGGACUUUGCAAGGCGAAGAGGCUGGAGGAAGCUCGCAGAGUUCUAGAUGAGAUGGAAGCAGCAGGCAGCGUCCCCGACCUCAAGACCUGGACAGUUCUCAUCCACGGGCACUGCUCAGUCCGUGAGGUGGACCAGGCGUUGACUUGUUUCACAGACAUGAUCGGGAAAGGCCAUGUGGCUGAUGGGCAUCUCUUGGACGCCAUGGUCAAAGGCCUAUGCAGCCAAGGCCGGGUGUCUGCUGCUUACACCCUGGUUCUUGAAAUGCUGGAGAGGGCGGAUGUGAAGCCAUGGCAGGCGACCUUCAAGCUCCUAAUCGAGAGUCUACUUGGGGAAGGAAAGUUUGAAGAGGCGCUGAAGCUCCUUGGCGCAAUGAAGGGGCACAAUUUCCCCCCACAUGGGGAGCCUUUUGCUCCAUACAUUUCAAAGUCUGGGACAGUUGAAGACGCCCGAGAAUUUUUCAAGGCAAUGUCUGCGAAAUCAUCUCCAUCUUCUUCUACAUAUCUCAGGAUCUUCAGGUCUUUCUUCGAGCAGGGUCGGUACGAUGAGGCCCGGGACCUGCUUUUUAAAUGCCCGCAUCAUAUCCGCAAGCACAGUGACAUAUCGAAGCUCUUUGGCUCUGUAAAUCUUGAAUAA